ACAACAACAGCAGCAACAGCAACAACAACAACAUCAUCAUCAUCAGGGAAAUGCUCAACAUUUCUCCUUCCAGCCCAUUCCCUUAACACAUUAUAACGCUUCUAAUCAAACGGUUGAACAAUUGGAUUUCUGUUUCGUUCCUGAUGUUGAACAGCAACAACAGCAAAUGCUUGCUGAGAUGAUGCUUCAUCACGAGCAACAUCAUCACAUCACUCCAACAGCAACCGUCCCAUCUUCGAAUCCUGCUUCUACUGUUCAAUAUUAUGCGAACAAUGGUUCAUUCACCGAAAUGCUUGGAUUUGAAUUUCCUUACAUAGGUGGUUCUGUGAGCCACAAUGGUAAUAGUCUUGAUACAUCGGGUCAAUACCUCCAAUAAAAAAAAUUUUUUUUUAUUUGCAUUCUCCUUUUUUUGAGAAAGAAAGAAAAAAGAAAAAUUUUUACAAAAAAAAAGAAGAAUAUAUUUAUUUAUAUCUAUAAAAAAAGAAGGUUC